AUGGCCGGAACAGGGAAACGGCCCAUGCCGGAAGGUGCAUCGGCUCAAUCCUCGAAGAAGAGAAAGGGGGCGAGCAAAUGGCUUCACCAACAGCCCAACAAAGCCAUCAUCGAAAGCGGAGAUUGGGGUGUCUUCGUCACGUGUGACAAAGGUCGAGAGGGGAAAUGCAUCGCUGAGACACUUGAUCUCUUUUCCCAAUGGGUGGAAACUUCGGAAGAUGGCACCAAUGACGCGAACAACUCCGCCGACGAGGAAGAAGACGAGGAUAUCGAAGCCCAAAUCAGAAAGGAGGUGGAGGGUCUGAAGCCUGGUGCUACCAAGGGCCCUCAAUUUCGUGCUAUUCGGAUUGACAUGCCGUGUGUAACCUUUAUCCGGUUCGACAAGUCAAUAGCGCCGGAGAAGAUGGUGCAUGAUAUCUGCAUCGAUGCGUAUGAGAAUCCCGAACGCAAGCGAACUCGCUUUCUGCAACGAAUGACCCCGGUUCAUUCGAUUCGAAAGACUCUGAACGUGGAUCUGGAAGUUUUUGCAAAGGAUAUCCUCGCGCCUCACUUUCACUCGGGAGGUCCUCCAAGGAAGUUUGCCAUUCGGCCGUCAAUAAGAGCCAACUCCAAGUUUAAGCGAGAUGAUGUUAUCAAAACAGUGGCCAGGGUAGUCGGCCCUGGACAUAGUGUUGAUCUGAAAAAUUAUGAUCUUCUCAUUCUGGUUGAAGUUGCCCAGAACGUGAUUGGAAUGAGUGUUGUUGGAAGCGAUUACGACAAACUGAAAAGGUAUAACUUGGCGGAGCUCUAUAAACCGGCCACUGGGUCGAAGCCAUCUGAGCCGACUGAGUCAACGGAAUGA